AGAUGAUAAGAUAAGAGGGUACAAUUUAGGCAAAAUACACUUUCAUAGCCAUAAUUUUACACUUUGUGACAAAUAUAGCCAAGUUUUGAAAAAUACACAAAAAUAGCCAUUCUGUCCAUUAAUUUAACGGAACUGUAAUGACGGCUGACUGGACAAACGGUUAUAUGGGACGGCGACUGCUUUUAUCUACAUGGCAUGCCAUGGUGGAAUUUAAAUUUAAUUAUAUUUAUUAAAAAAAGCUACUUUACCAAAUUGUUUGUUCUUUUUUCUCUUCACCAUCCGCCCCUUCCCAUUCUUCGCUUAUCCUCUUUGGCGAGAAACCCCCCCCCCCCCCCUCCAUUCCACCUCAACUCAAAAUCGCCGACGACUCUCAAUCGACGACGAUUGGAGAACCCAACAAAUCCAAUCGACGAGAACCCUGCAAAACCAAUCGAUGGGACCCUGCAACGAGAAAGCAACCUCCGUUGUUUUCCCCGUCGCACCGGCAACUACUCCAUAAGUCAGAAUUCGGAGCUAGCACAUAGCGCGGAGGAUUUUUCAUCUGAAAUCGGCUACGAGAAGCCCAAAAAUCGAACCCUGAGGAACCACGAAUCGCAACUGCGUCUAUUUUUCCUCGUCGGUGCUUGUCACUGUCGCCGUCCGCACAGUCUUACCCUCUCCUCUGUUGUAGCUUCUGGGUUCGUCCCUAUCCCCCAUGUAGUGUUGGACUCGAGGCAAUUUCUUCAAUUUUUCUUCAGUAGUUGCAGAUCUGGAUUACCUUCCCCUUUGAAGCUGGUACAGAGCUUUCAAUUAGGGAAGAGAGGAAGAGUUGCUGAUUGGAAUAGUCUAUCUACCUCCGCAGCGUAGGCUACCCAGUGGUGGCUUUCCUUUUCCAGAUCUAAUUUUUCUUCCAUCUCAUGACCAAGCCACAGACGAUCGAGGACGACUGCAUCAAAAACGAGAUUAAGAGGAAGAUCUAUUUCCAGGGAGGAUGAUAGAACCUCCUUGCCAUCGCCAUCGACGAAUCAAUGGAAGGCAUCGACGUAGGAGGAUGGUGGUGGAAAUCAGAUGCAGUGGAAGAUGGAAUAUUUCGGGGAGAAGAAGUUUAAGGGGGUGCGGAGGAAGGAACCCAAGUCUCCACAGAGAAUUCAAGGGGGAUAAUGUUUUUUUUUUUAAUUUCCCCCCUCUUUGAUUAGGCCUUUAGGUUG